AUGGCUUCUUCAGCACGCCUAGAGCGGGUCCGGAAGCUGAUUCAACCGGACGUCGAUGCUCUUCCUGACCGCCCCGUGUCCCCAGAGAUGAUCAGCGAUGACGAUGUCUCUGGCGGUGUAUCUCUCGAAAACAUCCCGCCGGACACCUCCAAUGAAACAGACGCAUUCACCAAGAAAGCAUCGCCGGCUGCCGACGUUCUCACUACAGAGAACGCAGACAGCCAGUUCAUUUGGAUGGAAAACACCCCAAGCUCAAUCAACCCGAGUCUUGAUUCGCUGCGAAUCUCCUCCCCGCCACCCCCUCCUAAAGCUGAGGAGCUUCCCGUCAACGAUCUCCACCGUGGCGACCUGGCGUCUGCGCGUCAUCACUUUACGCCAAUUCAAGCCUUGGCCAAGUAUCCUUACAAGUACUGUAACAAGAGCCAUAUGCAAGACAUUGCCUCUGCCUUCUUCGACCAAGGCAAGUUUUGGCAGCGCGUCUGGGACCUUUACUAUGUCUGGGAUAUCGACGCUUCUAAGCCCAUAGUCCUCAUCAGAGAGAGCCAAGCACAGGCUUUGCUCACUGAGAUUAACAAUCACCUCAACCUCAGCCUCAGCAUCACCAAUCAACAGCGCGAGGAAGGCCUUGCUACACGCUUCCCUGACCAUCCUCGAUGCUUACCAAGAUAUCUUGGACGCUCACAGUCGCGCGAAGAUGUUAAUAACAUGGCCGCAAACGCCCCAGACAGAUUGUAUCGUGCCGUUGGAGAACCUUCACACCCACCACUCCAACCACACACCUUGGAGACGUUUAAACAGCUGAUGGAGACUCUAACAGAGGCUCAGAGUGCCAAAAGAAAGACAAACAGUGCAAAGAAACAGCAAGACCGUUUGGCCAAAAACAAGUCAAUGGCGGACCAGUUCAAGCGCGCGCAGAGAUAUCUUGGGCUCCGUGAAUCCAUUCAAACAGAAGUGCCACCACAGCUUUCAUCUUCUCCAGCCGUUAAUCCGUCUAUGCCUGCGCCGUUUGCAUUCGACCAAUCUGUGGUCUUUGUAUGUGUUGACGUGGAGUCGUACGAAAAGGCCCACCACAAGAUCACUGAGAUAGGAGUUGCCACGCUAGACACACGAGAUUUGCAAGGAAUCCCGCCAGGCGAGAAUGGAAAAGCCUGGAGAGAAAUGGUCCGAGCUCGCCACUUUCGCAUCAAAGAGUACAAACAUCUCGUCAACUCGGUCCAUGUGAUAGGAUGCCCAGAUGGGUUCAUGUUCGGCGAGUCAACGGUUGUUUCGCUCCAUGAAGUAGCAAAGCAUGUCGCGGCCUGUUUUCAUGCGCCUUUCGGGGCUCAAGACAUGCCCACGGACCAGGCCAACGAGAAACGUAACAUCGUAUUCCUUGGCCACGAUACACUGAGUGACGUUCGCUACUUGCAGCAGCUCGGAUACGACCCGAUCAAAGAGGAAAACGUGCUCGAGGUCAUGGACACUGCAGUCAUGUAUCGUGUCUGGCGCCGUGACCAGCAGCCCACCAAGCUAAGUAGGAUCCUCAAUGACUUUGACAUUGUUGGGUGGAAGCUUCACAACGCCGGCAACGACGCAGUGUACACUGUACAGGCUAUGUUGGGAAUCUGCGUCCGUGAGGCCAUGAUUCGUGCGUCUUCGGGAUUCAGCCAGAUUGGUCAAAAUGACGGAGCCAGGCUUGCUGGGGCUUGA